AAAGUUGUACCCUAUGACAUGAAUGUAAUGUUCCAAUCACUGCAAUAGUUUCAAACAUGGCGGAGUAAAAUAUAAAGAAGAAAGACGUAUUUUGGACGAACUUUUGGGCACAUUUUCCCGAAACUACUGAGUUUUGGGAACAUAUAUGCCCUUUUCUAGAACCCUAAAGAGGUUCGGCGUCUAAGGAACUCGUUUGGUUUAUUGGAAUUUGACGUUAGAACUUGAAAAUCCCAACUGAUUUGUGACCACCACGAGGAAAACAAACCUCUGAAAAUGGCGGACGAGCUUCAGAAGUUGGAGCAUCUUUCCCUGGUGUCUAAAAUCUGUACGGAGUUGGACAACCAUCUGGGGAUCAACGACAAGGAUCUAGCUGAAUUCAUCAUUGACAUAGCAGAAAAGAACAAAAAUGAAGAUGCCUUUAAGAAAGCGCUGUCAGAGAAUGGAGGAGAAUUUCCUGAGUCCUUUGCCUCCAACCUGCUUCGAAUCAUUCAGACCAUGAAGCCCAGUGCUAGACCCAAGGGUAAUGACGGAAGUGGGAAGAAAAAGAAGAAAAAGCCGAAGAACAAACUUGAUGAGAAGAAGGAGAUGUUUCCCUUCCUGGCAAUGAAGGAUGAGCCACAUCCUGAGAAACUCCUUGAUGACGAGGCAGUUGCCGCAAGCGCCAUGGACGAACUAGAGGCUCUACUUGGAAAGGCUAAAGACACAGAAGAAGUAAAAACCGAAGAUCGAAAAGAGAAAGACAGAGACAGGAAACGGCACCGCAGCAGAAGCAGAAGCCGGGAGAGAAAAAGGGACCGCAGGCGACACAGGUCGCGCUCGCGCAGCCGCGAUCGGGACCGCAGACGGAAACACUCCCGAUCGCGCAGUCGGAGCCGAGACAGGGACAGACACGACAGACGGAGGGAUCGAGAUGAGAAGCCGAGAGAGAAGGAGAGAUACAGGGACAGGGACAGAGAGAGGGACAGAGACAGGGACAAGGGGACGAGUGACAAGUUUGUCACCCAUGCACCCCCAGCGGAGCCAGUAGUAGGAGACAUCUACAGCGGAAAGAUCACCAACAUCAUGCAGUUUGGCUGCUUCGUGCAGCUGGAGGGAUUGCGCAAGAGGUGGGAGGGACUGGUUCAUGUGUCAGAGCUCCGGAGGGAAGGCAGGGUUUCCAAUGUUGGAGAUGUGGUGGUCAAAGGUCAGAGGGUGAAGGUCAAAGUGUUGUCCUUCACAGGGACAAAGACCAGUCUGUCCAUGAAGGAUGUUGACCAGGACUCGGGAGAGGACCUGAACCCCAGCCGUAUCCGAGGCGGGGUGGGGGGUGAGGUAUCGGAUGACGUGGGUGCCCGGAAUCCCGACCGCCCGUCCAACCUGCCGCUGGUCUCCGUUCCUGAGGAGGAGAACCAAGGACCUGUCAAGAAGGUCCAGCGGAUCUCAUCACCUGAGAAGUGGGAGCUUAAACAGAUGGCAGCAGCGAAUGUGUUGAACCCGUGUGACCUGCCAGACUUUGAUGAGGACACCGGCGUGCUGCCGAAAGACGACGAUUCCGAUGAAGACAUUGAGAUUGAGAUGAAGGAAGAAGAACCUGCCUUCCUACAGGGUCGCACAAAACAGAGCAUGGAUCUCAGCCCUGUCAGGAUAGUGAAGAACCCGGACGGUUCUCUGGCGCAGGCCGCCAUGAUGCAGAGCGCUCUGUCAAAGGAGCGUCGCGAAGUGAAGGCACAACAGCGACAGGCGGAGGAAGAUUCCAUCCCCGCGGACCUCAACAAACACUGGGUCGACCCCAUGCCUGAUGUUGAAGGACGUCAGCUGGCCAGUGCCCUGCGAGGCAUAAGUGCAUUCCCCCAGGACAUGCCUGACUGGAAGAGAGCAGCCUUCGGGGGGAACAAGGCUUCUUACGGCAAGAAGACCCAGAUGUCCAUCAUCGAGCAGAGGCAGAGUCUGCCUAUCUACAAACUCAAGGAUGAACUAGUGGACGCCGUGACCCAGAACCAGAUCCUGAUUGUGAUUGGUGAGACCGGCAGCGGGAAGACCACCCAGAUCACGCAGUACCUCGCCGAGGCCGGCUUCACCGUCAGGGGCAAGCUGGGAUGUACGCAGCCCCGUCGUGUGGCCGCCAUGUCUGUCGCCAAGAGGGUAUCAGAGGAGUUUGGUUGUCGUCUGGGGCAGGAGGUUGGCUACACCAUCCGUUUUGAAGACGUGACGAGCCCAGAGACAAAGAUUAAGUACAUGACGGACGGCAUGUUGCUGAGGGAGUGUCUGAUAGACGGGGAUCUGACCCAGUACUCUGUUAUCAUGUUGGAUGAGGCUCACGAGAGGACCAUCAGUACCGACGUGCUGUUUGGACUCAUGAAAAAGGCUGUACACAAGCGACCAGACUUGAAGCUGAUCGUGACCUCAGCGACCCUAGAUGCGGUGAAGUUCUCGCAGUAUUUCUUCGAGGCUCCGAUCUUCACAAUCCCCGGCCGCGCUUUCCCGGUAGAAAUCCUGUACACUAAGGAAGCAGAGACGGACUACCUGGACGCUUCCCUCAUCACCGUCAUGCAGAUCCACCUCACUGAACCUCCAGGUGACAUCCUGGUGUUCCUGACAGGUCAGGAGGAGAUUGACACAGCCUGUGAGAUCCUGUUUGAGCGGAUGAAGACUCUCGGCCCGGAGGUUCCGGAGCUCAUCAUCCUGCCGGUUUACUCCGCCCUCCCCAGCGAGAUGCAGACCAGAAUCUUUGAUCCUGCACCUCCUGGGAGUAGAAAGGUUGUUAUCGCAACCAAUAUUGCUGAGACAUCCCUGACCAUUGACGGUAUCUACUUUGUGGUGGAUCCUGGGUUUGUCAAGCAGAAGGUCUACAACUCCAAAACUGGCAUGGAUGCUCUGGUGGUCACACCUAUCUCACAGGCUCAAGCCAAACAGCGGUCAGGCCGGGCCGGCCGCACUGGGCCAGGCAAGUGUUACCGCCUCUACACCGAGCGUGCGUACCGAGACGAGAUGCUCCCCACGGCCGUCCCCGAGAUCCAGCGCACGAACCUGGCCAGCACCGUGCUGAACCUGAAAGCCAUGGGCAUCAACGACCUUCUGUCGUUCGACUUCAUGGACUCCCCGCCCAUGGAAACCAUGGUAACCGCCAUGGAACAGCUGCACUACCUCAGUGCACUGGAUGAUGAGGGGCUGCUGACCAGGCUGGGCAGGAGGAUGGCGGAGUUUCCCCUGGAACCAAACCUGUCCAAGAUGCUAAUCAUGUCCGUGCACCUCGGCUGCAGUGAUGAAGUCUUAACCAUCGUGUCUAUGCUGUCUGUACAGUCUGUCUUCUACAGGCCAAAGGACAAACAAGCACUGGCCGACCAAAAGAAAGCGAAGUUCCACCAGGCAGAGGGUGACCAUCUCACGCUGCUCGCCGUUUACAACUCCUGGAAGAACAACAAGUUCUCCAACGCCUGGUGCUACGAAAACUUCGUGCAGGCUCGGUCACUACGGCGGGCACAGGACAUCCGUAAGCAGAUGCUGGGCAUCAUGGACAGACACAAGCUUGAUGUGGUAUCCUGUGGUAAGGGCACAGUGAAGGUACAGAAAGCCAUCUGUAGCGGUUUCUUCCGUAACGCAGCGAAGAAGGACCCGCAGGAGGGUUACCGAACCCUGGUGGAUCAGCAGGUGGUGUAUAUCCACCCCUCCAGUGCUCUGUUCAACAGGCAGCCUGACUGGGUUGUGUACCAUGAGCUGGUGCUCACCACUAAGGAGUACAUGCGAGAGGUCACCACCAUCGACCCCCGCUGGCUGGUCGAGUUUGCUGCGGCCUUCUUCAAGUUCUCCGACCCGACCAAACUCAGCAAGCAGAAGAAGCAGCAGCGUCUUGAGCCGCUCUACAACAAGUAUGAGGAGCCCAAUGCUUGGAGAAUAUCCAGGGCCUUCCGUAGGAGAUAGACUGUUUCAAUUA